AUGCCAUCGCAAGCCGUACAACGCAUCAGCCUACGCUGGCUUCCAGACCCAGCAUUCGAGGACUCAGACACUGUUGCCCUCAAUGUAGGGGGGUAUUUUGUUGACUUGCGCGUCAGUAAAAAGGAUCAGACCAUACAAUGGAGCAGAGCAGGCGAGAGAAUCCCCCUUAAAACUAAACCGCCAACGUUCCGAUGGACUCAUAUUAUCGACUCUCUGGACCUUACUGUUCCAGAUGAUGCCCACUUUGAGAAACUUCCUAACGGGGACGACCUUGAAAUCGGAACAACGCCCGCGCCUCACUUGGAAAAUAUACCAACGGACUACGAGGAGGUUUGGAGAGAUAUAACGGCCAAGAAAAACCCUAACGAGCUCUCGUGGAUCCUUCAAAGUGAAGAUGGAACGGCCUUCGUGGCCAGAGUUGGCAAUAUCUACUUAGCCAUCCGCAAGGCUUCUGGUGAAGCUUUAGCCGCAAGGCGUCAGGACCGCAAGUCAGUUGAUGGGAAAGACGUAUGGAACGUGACUUUUGAGUCCGGGGAUACAGCAACCCUUCCUCAAGCCGUCGACGCGAGCUUGGUUAUAGAGGCUAGUGGGAGAUUCUCUGAGGGCCAAAAGGUGAAAAUUGGUCCGACAAAUUACAUCAGUAGGGCAGUAUCCAUUGACUGA